UCCCAGCCCGGCCUCUCCCCUGGGGCCUGAAGCUGAGGCCACGGGGAACCAGCCCCCAGCCUGCACGGGUGCAACUGUUGGGCUUUCGCUAGGCCAGGCCGCACAGAAGUCUUGUCAGAGUUCACCGUCACCCUGGCCCUGUGGACUGGGGUGGUCAUAUCUGUGUCCUCGUGGGGAGAUGGGCUCAGGAGGAGAAAGAACUUGCCCAAAGUCACAUCAAAGUAGCAUUCAACAAAACCAAACCAAACCAAACAAAGCAUUCCACCUGGUGACCCCAAAGCCUGUGUGGUUUUGUUUUGUUUACCACAUGCUUACUCACUGUCAAUCCAUUUCCAUAAGUUGCAUGGAUUUUUGGAAAGUAAUGCCAUGUUUAUGUCUGAUGAGGCAGUUUUCUAUGAGGUUUCCACCAGAGCUCAGUUGAUGGUUUUGUGGGAACAUGACGUGCUACUGGCAUUCUUACAGGGCAGAUUAGCCCCCUCGGUUGAGGUGCGCCCAGAGGCAUGUGCUCCUGUGUCCCAGAGAACCUGCCCUGCUCCUGGUUCCCAGCACUUAGCCUUUUGUCCGAGUGCGCAUUGUACUGCCCCUAGGAAGAGAUCUCCUUCCCCAGAUGACAUCAGUCCCUAAACAAACCGAAGUGUAAAAGGAGAAGUUGAUUGUUUCUAUAAAUGGCAUGAGUGGCAGUGUGGGUGAGGCCCCGGAUGGAGUGUCCCAUAACGGGGCCACAUCCUGCAGCGCUGGGAAAUGGAAGCAGGGGUUUCCAGCUGAGGCAGCUGCCCGUCUUGAUAGGCAAUGACUCAUGGGAGGGGGAGGGGGCCUGGCAAAGGCAGGUCUCAGGGUCAGAUCUCAAGAACGGUUACACAGUUGAGGCCUGCCAGGAGCCACUCGAGUGCUCUGGGGGCACCCUGGACUUUGGGGUGAAGAAUUCAGCAGGGCAAGCUUGUUGUCAGGACCCGCCUUCCACUCUGUGCUGGGUUGGCGGCAAAGGCAAGGAACAUAAUGUGAAGAGUCUGUGUGGCUGGACCACAGGGAGACGGGGAGAGAAUCAUCGUACCACAUGUGUAAACAGUGAGAGGAGCUGUGGAUGGUGCCGUUUGGGCCAUGGGAAGCCUUCAGAGACUUUUAACAAGAACUGUGCUAAAAGACAGUGCUUCUCAAGUUGUCCUGUAUGGAAAGCAUCACCUGGCGGUUUCCUCAAAAUGCGGGUUCUGAUUCAGGAGGCUGGGGCUGGGAGCCAAGACUCUGUGCUAACGCAGCUGGUCCAGAACACACAGAGCUGCAAGACCUCAGUGUUUACUCCUGCCUAUGGGUCUGUGACCAACGUGAGGGUCAACAGCACCAUGACAACCCUGCACGUGCUCACCCUGCUGCUGAACAAGUUCCGAGUGGAAAAUGGCCCCAGUGAAUUUGCACUCUACAUUGUUCACGAGUCUGGGGAGCGAACAAAAUUAAAAGACUGUGAGUACCCGCUGAUUUCCAGGAUCCUGCACGGGCCGUGUGAGAAGAUUGCCAGGAUGUUCCUGAUGGAAGCCGACCUGGGCGAGGAAGUCCCCCACGACGUCGCUCAGUACAUUAAAUUUGAAAUGCCGGUGCUGGACAGUUUUGUUGAAAAAUUAAAAGAAGAGGAGGAAAGAGAAAUAAUCAAACUGACCAUGAAGUUCCAAGCCCUGCGUCUGACGAUGCUGCAGCGCCUGGAGCAGCUGGUGGAGGCCGAGUAGCCAGCCGGCACCAGCCUCUUCCGAAGCCCCCCACGGCCGGUGCGCACCGAGCGCCGGUGGCCAGGCCCUGAUCGGUCACAUUGACCGAGAGCCACCGGCUGAGGAGUCUAGCACACGUGCUUCUACAUGUCUACCUGCCCGAGCACCAUAAGUCCCGUGCCCCUGGCUCCUGGCUCACUCGCAGGGCCCAGAGCCAGGCCUGAGGAGCCAGAAAUUUGCCGGGUGGGGUGUCUGUGUGAGGUGUGCCUGUGCGGCAAGUAGCCCCGAAGCCGUGGCACUGGCCAGAGUAUGGGGCUGGAUGUCGCGGCCGGUCCUGUUCAUGCCGUACCUCUCUGGCUCAGGAGAGCAGUACCCGAUCGAGCCCGUGAGGUGUGCGCUCUGUCUGCUCUCCCAGGGCCUGGCCCAGAGUUUCUGCACAGCCACAAGCCCCCCACCUCCUCAUCCACAUGACCCACAAGAUCCCCGUCUGCCCUCACCUCAUGCAGCAGCUCCGGACUCUGCUGGGAAAAGCAGGGGCUGCUAGCAGACACGGGAUGUGCCCUGUGUCCGGCCAUCGCUUCCCACGGCAUCCCUGGCCGCCCACCCCACGAGCCCCAGGCAGCCUAGCACCCUGGCAGCAGAGGUCAGACCAGGAGUAAGACCAGGAGCAUACCAUCCUCCCUCUGCAGCACUCACUCUUAACAUCCUCAGUGAGACCUGAAGGAAUUCUUAUAAGGAGCUUGCUGCAGGAAACAUGGCACUUUGAUCACACGGAGGAGGUGGCCCACGUGGCGUUGGAAGGGUGCCAGCCUGUGUGGAGCAGAGUCCAGGGGGCUGUGCGGGGGGCAGCCAUGUGGUGGGCUCGGGAAGGCAAUGGUCCGUCCCCGUCGCGCUGUCCCAUGGAUACCUGUGUGCCUCUUGCCCUUUCUGGUCUCUUUCUUCCACUCUCUACGCUUCCCGUCAAAGGGGCACAAUGAGAAGAAAUGUGUAUUUGAGGAGAAAGCGCUUUGAACCCCCUGGGGCCAGAACAAUUUGGGUUUGUCAGCUGUCGGAGAAUUUCUGGAAUGAACAAGAAGGCCUUUGCACAACUGUGCAACAGUUUACGUUGGUCAUGUGAAGUGUUUGUCCAAACCAGAGCAAAUUAAAGACCAAAUUCUUUUCCCACUGGGGCCUGUGGAUAGUGGAUUUAAAGAGAACUAGAGAGUCUUCCAGAUAUAAGAGAGAUCCCAACUCUGCUCUGUGCAGUGGCUCCUUACUGGCCCCCACAAAGAGCAGAGCUUGGGAGCAGCCGUGUCCUGUGGAUCCACUGUUCAGGGUGAACUUCGUGCCGGGGGUGCCCUGACCUAGCUCUGCCGUCACAGAGACAUGCAGAGAUGCCCCAGGGAGAUCCCCUGCAGUUUCUGUCAUCUCUGUUCUCCUUUGGCAACAUAAUUUCACAGGUGCUCAAUAAAGGUGUGCUGAAGUGAA